CCAUGACUCCAAAGCCAAAUACUACUAGUCCAACCAAUAAUCUUCCUCUUCUCAGCAAGGACUCCCCGGAUAUCGAGAGUCUCCUCAUCUUGAACCCAAAAGUACAAGACAAGGCAAAUGCAGUUCCAAGUGCGGUGACAAAGAAAAACAAGCACAACUGGAAGAGAAACGAGGAGAAAGGAUGUGGAUCUACCUGCGGAGAAUCUAAGCUCAAGAAUGACUUCCGAGACAUCAAGCACACUACGCUCAGUGAGCGCGGAGCUUUGAAGGAAGCGAUGAGAUGUUUGAAAUGCGCCGACGCUCCUUGCCAAAAAAGUUGCCCAACCCAAUUGGAUGUCAAAAGCUUCAUAACUAGCAUUUCAAACAAAAACUACUACGGAGCAGCUCGUCAAAUUCUUUCUGACAACCCACUGGGUCUGACCUGUGGAAUGAUUUGCCCAACAUCGGAUCUUUGUGUUGGAUCGUGUAACUUGCAAGCAAGUGAAGAAGGCGCUAUCAACAUUGGUGGUCUUCAGCAGUAUGCUUGUGACGUGUUCAAGCAAAUGAAUGUUCGUCAAAUCGUAUCAAAGGAAGUUCGGGAGAACCGCAACGCUUCUCAUAAGGAGCAAGUUGCUCUUAUCGGAUGCGGACCGGCCAGUAUUUCAUGUGCAUCGUUUUUGGCUCGUUUAGGAUAUACAGAUAUUACUAUCUAUGAAAAGAGAGCUUACAUCGGAGGGCUUUCAUCUGCUGAAAUUCCACAGUUCCGUCUUCCUUAUGACGUUGUUGACUUUGAAAUUCAGCUUGCCAGAGACAUUGGAGUCCAGAUUGAAACAAACAGACCUUUAGGAAAAGACGGUCUAACACUUGCCAAAUUGAAGGAACAAGGAGCUGCCGCUGUUUUUAUUGGUAUCGGAAACCCAGAACCAAAAAUUGAUCCUCUCUUUGAAGGAUUGACAAUUGAGAAUGGAUUUUAUACUAGCAAAAAUUAUCUUCCAGCUGUCGCGGCUGCUAGCAAACCUGGUAUGUGCGGAUGUAAGAGAACUCCACUUCCAACAAUGAGAGGACGUGUCGUUGUGCUCGGAGCAGGAGAUACUGCAAUGGACUGUGCAACAUCUGCUCUCCGUUGUGGUGCAUCUCGUGUCACCAUUGCUUUCCGCAAAGGUUUCACUGGAAUCCGUGCUGUUCCUGAAGAGAUGGAAGCAGCCAAGGAAGAAAAAUGUGAGUUCCUUCCAUUCUCAGCGCCACGAAAAAUCAACGUGAAGGACGGGCGCAUUGUCUCGAUCGAAUUCAACAAGACCGAACAAGAUGACAACGGCAAGUGGUACGAGGAUGAGGAACAGAUUGUUAUCUUGAAAUGCGACUAUGUGAUUUCCGCAUUUGGAUCCACGUUGAAAGAAGACGCAGUUUUGUCGGCUUUGCAACCAUGCCAGUUGAAUAAGUGGGGAGGAAUUGAAGUAGAUUCAACAACACAACAAACUUCGGAAAAAUGGGUAUUUGCUGGAGGAGAUGUGGCAGGAGUCGCAGAAACAACCGUCGAAUCUGUCAAUGAUGGAAAGAUUGCCGCCUGGAAUAUGCAUCGCUACAUUCAAUCUCUUCACGGCAACCAGGUGUCCGAGACCCCAGAACUUCCACAAUUCUUCACCCCAAUCGACGAGGUUGAUAUCUCCGUUGACAUGUGCGGCGUUAAAUUCGAAAAUCCAUUCGGACUGGCUUCUGCUCCUCCAACCACUUCUGGACCAAUGUGUCGCCGUGCUUUCGAACAAGGAUGGGGAUUCAUUCUCACCAAAACAUAUGGAUUGGACAAGGACUUGGUCACCAAUGUCUCUCCACGUAUUGUCCGAGGAUCUACCAGUGGACCACUUUAUGGACCAAACCAAGGAUCAUUCAUGAAUAUUGAGCUUAUCUCAGAGAAAUCCUGUGAAUACUGGCUUCAAUGUAUUAGGGAGUUGAAACGUGACCAUCCAACUAAAAUUGUCAUCGCAUCGAUCAUGUGCGUCUAUAACAAGGCUGAUUGGAUUGAGCUUGCAACAAAGAGUGAGGAAGCUGGAGCAGAUAUUCUUGAGCUCAACCUCUCUUGUCCACAUGGAAUGGGAGAAAAGGGAAUGGGAUUGGCUUGUGGACAAAGCCCCGAAAUUGUAAAGGAAAUUUGUAGAUGGGUUCGCGCUUGUGUCAAGAUCCCAUUCUUCCCAAAAAUGACUCCAAAUAUCACUGACGUUCGUGAGAUCGCCAGAGCUGCUAGAGACGGAGGCGCAAGUGGAGUGACUGCAACAAAUACCGUUUCCUCACUUAUGCACAUGAAGGCUGAUGGAAAUGCUUGGCCAGCAAUUGGAUCAACAAAAAGAACCACAUACGGAGGAAUGUCCGGGUCGGCUAUUCGUCCAAUCGCUAUGAAGGCUGUCUCAUCAAUCGCUAACGAACUAGAUGGUUUCCCAAUCAUGGCGACCGGUGGAAUUGAAAGCGCAGAGACUGGACUCGGAUUCUUGAUGGCAGGAGCUUCAGUCCUCCAAGUUUGCUCCGCAGUUCAGAAUCAAGAUUUCACAGUUGUCGACGAUUACUGUACUGGACUCAAGGCACUUCUUUAUCUUUCUGGCGCUGAGUCACUCAAAAACUGGGAUGGACAAUCGCCACCAAUCGAAAAACAUCAAAAAGGAAAACCUAUCUUGCUUCAAGGACAAAAGAAAAUGCCAUUCUUCGGAAAGUACAGGGAUGAACGUGAAAAGCUUGAGGCUAUUAAACUGUCAGAAAGCAACCUUUUGGACACCGAAAACUAUCACUUUGCUUCGAGACCAGACACUCAAGUUUCGCGUGUCCCAACUGUUGAAGAUGUCAUUGGAAAAGCCCUGCCACGUAUUGGCCCAUAUGUCACACUCGACAACCAAGAGCAGAAGGUUGCAAUUAUUGAUGAUGAUAUGUGCAUCAAUUGUGGAAAGUGUUAUAUGACAUGCAAUGAUUCUGGAUACCAAGCUAUCACUUUUGAUCCAGUCACCCAUCAGCCACAUGUUACGGAAGACGAUUGUACUGGAUGUACUCUUUGCUACAGUGUGUGCCCGAUUCCGGAAUGUAUAGAAAUGGUGCCAAGAACUGGGCCAUGGAAGGCUCCAAAACGUGGUGUGAAGCCAUCGGUCGAGCCAGGAACUCCAAAAGUCGUCAAAGUUGACCAACGUGGAAGAGUUAUCCUAGAUACUACUGGUGGAAUGCAGUAACUUUUAUUUGUUUGGUAGUUUUUCUGAAUUUUCGUUUCACUUAUCACUUACUUUCUUCCGAUUCGUUUUUUUUGUUACAUCUUCUAGUGUAUGCAUUGUGUUUUUCUGUCUAAAUUUUAUUCAUGCUAAAUCUUCCCUCAAAAUAAAUUACUCAACAAUUAAA